UUUUGUACAUCAUAUUGGCGCGGGGGUGCCGUCGCCCACCACAAAACUUCCAUCCUUUUUGGUGCGACAAUCAAAUCUCUGUAAUGGCAAAGACGACUAAAGUGAAGAAGCAGAAGAAAGUAAAGCCCCACCAUUCCUCCAACCUAAAUCCAAACCCACCCGACAAAAUGCUCAAGAAAAAGAAGAAAAAGCUCAUAAACCAGAAGUCGGAAUCCAAAUCCAAAUCGAAGGUCAAAUCUCCUUCCUCCUCAUCUUCAGACUCCGAAUCCGAAUCCGAGAAAGUCCAAAAACUCCUGGAACCAUUCUCGAAAGACCAAUUGAUUGAUCUGCUCACCGAUGCUGCGCUUUCUAGCUCGACCUUUUUCGCGAAAAUCUGUGAAUUUGCAGAUAAGGACGUUUCCCAUCGGAAAAUUUUCAUCCACGGUCUAUCCUGGGAUACCACGAACGAAACCCUAAUUUCAGCAUUUCAGAAUUUUGGAGAAAUUGAGAGUUCCAAUGUUGUUCUUGAUAAGGCUACUGGAAAAGCAAAAGGGUAUGCUUUUGUUACGUUUAAAACUCGAAAAUCGGCUUUGAAAGCACUGAAACAGCCCAACAUGGUGCUCAAUAAUCGACUUGUGGUCUGGCAGUUGGCUUCUUUAGGGCCCCCAUCGACCUCGGGGCAGCUGGAGGGAAAUGGGAAUUUGAGUGGGAGGAAGAUUUAUGUGAGUAAUGUGCAGAGUGAUGUGAGCGCUGAGAGAUUGAGGGCAUUUUUUGCCAAGUUUGGGGAGAUCGAAAGUGGCCCAAUGGGAUUUGAUGUGCAAACAGGGAAGUUUAAAGGGUACGCUUUGUUUGUGUACAGGAAUGUGGAAGGGGCGAAAAAUGCGUUAGAGGAACCGUAUAAGGUGUUUGAGGGGCGCGAAUUGCAUUGCCAGAAGGCAGCUGAGGGGAAAAAGAUUCAUGGUGGGGCUGCUGGAAUUACCACUGGUUAUCAGCCUAUUCCACCUAUGUAUGCUGCCAUGGGGCCGCAGAACAUGGCAUUGCUAGGGCAGAGUCCAAAUGUUAAUGUGGAUUUGGGUUUGUUGAGUGCUUAUCCGUUGUAUAAUAGCUUGUUAGCGAACCCAAGUCCAGCUACUUCAGGGUUGAUGAAUGCAAGUCCAAUCGCGGUUUUAGGACAAGGAGGGAUUGGAAUGGGAAUGGGGAUGGGGAUGGGGGUGGGAGGAUAUAAUGGGGUCAUGGGAAAUUAUGGUUUUGAUAGUUUAGGAAGUGGUGGCAGCACCACUACAAAUUUAGGGGCUUAUGGUGGUGCUAGUGCUGGGUCAAGUGGGCCGAUGAUACAGGGUAUGCAUUAUGCAUAUCCUAAUACACCAAUUGGGCAGAAAUCAUCAGCACCUCCAGCAUCAGGGACUUGAGGGAGUCUUUAGUGGUAUUAGUGAUAAAUUACAACUUGCCAUUGACGAGAAAGACGAUGCUCUUGGAGAUGUCUAAGUGGUUUGCAGAAAUGAAAAGAAAAUCAUGCCCUUUACGUUUUGCUACUUUCUGAAACCCAUAAAUUGGAUCACUUGGCAAAACUUCUAAGGGACUUGUUAUUGGUUUUUCGCUACAUGACAAAAAGUUUUGAUACAUCUUUGUGGGAUUUCAAUGAUCUUUUAACUUUUCUCUUGUGGUAA